AUGACAACUCGAGCAUCGGCACGCCAGGCCGCACAGAAGGCCAAGGAAGCCAUCACCAACAUGAUGGGAGGCGGCGGAAGUGGAGGCGGCUCUUCUGAAUCUAAGCACGAAGCUCAGGUACAGCAGCCACCUCAGCCCUCUCAGCCCAACAAACAAGCAGAUAUCCAGGAACAUGAACCGCCGAGAGAGGACAGUGCAGGCCCGUCGAUGGGUGGGAUGUCUGCCACGAAACCAGUUGAACAGAGGAUGCCGGGCGGUAUUCCCGGAACACACGAUCCAGUCGACCCUUUCUUCCCUCCAGCUCAUGAGCUUGGGUCCGUCCCUAGGCCAGCCCCACAUGACCUACCGGAAGUUCAACCAAUCCCCAGAGACUCCAGGAUGGGCAGUAUCCCAGGAACCAGCUAUAGUGUCGAACAGCCUGCCGAGGCUGGAUUGUACAAGGAGUCUGGCGUUCGCAAAUCGGAAGUGAGGGAGAGUGCCGUCUCAUCCAGUAUCAAGGAAAAGGGCAUCAUCUACUUCUUUUUUCGGCCGCGUGUCAACAUAGAAGAUCCGCAGGGCAUGGGCGACGUUGCGCGGAGUUUCUUCGUGCUUCGUCCUACUCCCCUCGGUGCAGACUUGGAUGAUGAUCAGGGGCCAAUGGAUAAGGAUGCCCGGUGUCGCUUGGUGAUGCUUCCGAAAAAAAAGUUUCCUACCUCAGCCAAGGAAAGGGACAUGGCAUUCGUGGAGAAAGCAGAGCAAUCGGUCAUAGAUCUCCAAGAUAGCUUCAUCGCGGGUAGCACAUACCAGACUGAUACUCAGGGUGAACGUACCAUUGAAGAGGCCAGACCCUAUGCAGAAGGAGUUUAUGCGAUCACAUCAUCGAAACAUGCAUCCCAUCUCGCUUACCAAAUGACCAUCCCUACCAAACUAGGUGAAAUUCAAGAGAACUUUGGUCUUUGCCAGCGAGGAAGCUGGAUCGUGCAAUCAAAAAAUCCAAAGUUCCCUGGUCCACCUCUUGGUCAACCACCCAAGGAUGUUGAUUACCCUGAAUCCCUGCUCGAGAAAUUCGGCGAUCUCAGAUGGAUUCCUCUUGAACCUGAAUUCAUCAAUUACCCCAAUGCACAAAUCCUGAUGAUCGGGGGCGAAAUGGACAGAUGGGGCAAAGCGGCGACAGCUGAAGGGCAUAAGCAGGCAGAUGAGCCAGAGCCUGGACAGGAGAUAGAGAAACUCGCCGAAGAAAAUGAACACCGAAUCGAGCAUCUACGGGGCAACGAAACGGUGUUCCAGGAUCUUGGCAUGUGUGCAGAUCACUACCACGCCCUUCCCACCACAUGGAGCGGUGUUUAA